AUGGACCUUCUUCAAGGAAGUGAGCUGACACAAAAGCAAAGGCAGAAAGCUCUUUCCAGCUCUCAGAUUUCAAACCACCAGGGAAUGUGCACUGUUCCAGGGCCUCUGAGAAGCCAAAAGCUCGGUUGCACAAUCAGCCCUGCUGCCCCAGGCCAAGCUUGCUGUACACCGGGCAGUCAGGUGCCGCUCACCUGGACGGUCCACCUGCCCUCUUUGCCUUCAGCUUCUUCUGGCCACAGGAAGGGCUCUGUGUCAAGGGUGACUUCUUCCUGUUCCGAGUCUCAAGAACAGCCCUCCGGCCGGCACCCAGUCCACAAUCCCGAGGGACGAGAGAUGGCCAUGUCAUCUCCCACUAACAGCAAAGCCCAGGGUGUGCAGUUCCACCCCCUUCCUAAGAUACCUGUUCAUUUAGAAAACCAAGAAGAGAGCCUCUUGCUCCAUGCAGCAUUUCUGAAAACAAGCAAAGCAUUUCAGGGGAGGAGCAGCAGGCAGCUCUGGAACUUUGCACACACCAGCCUGGAAGGCUUUGACUGGAAGAACCUGCAGGUUAAAUCCAUGGAGUUAUUCAAAUCCAAAGCACGCCACUCCAAUGCAAGCAACAGCUGUGGGAAGUUUCAGUUCCAGGUCUGCGCACAUGAUUCAGUCAAAUUCCCAGAAAUGGUGCGGAAUAGGAUCUAUCAUAAGGCCAGCUCCCUUAAUGAUGAUGGGAUGCGUGUCAGCAAACCAGGAGCCAGAGUUAAGGACCUGGAGGCCAAGGCAGACAGAGUCUGUGACCAGCAGAUGAAGACCCUCAAUAGUAUCCGAAAGAAACCCCAGGUUUGUUCUUGCUGCUUUGUAAGGGUGGUGAUGCGUUUGCAUCUGGAAGAAGCUGUGUGGGCUUCAAGGCCCACACACACAGAGGUACAUGACUGGACCACCACCAGCCCAGCUACAGAGAAGGCCAUGCCAAGUCCUCACUCUAAGCCUCACCAAGACCCAGAUGGGGAAACAAAGGCACAGAGGGAUAAACUCAGAGCAGGAAGACAGCAAAGAAUAGCAGUGAAAAGCAUAGUGCUUAAUCCAACCCCUUACUCACUGCUGAGACCUGGAAAUACGUUCAUCAGAUACGAAACAGGAGCGAUGAUAACUCAUUAUGUUUGUGUGAUGAUAAACAGAGAAAAUACAUUGAAGAGCUUAUAUGAGUGGCAGACAUGGGACAUGCUUCCCAGUGGCUGGCCAGCCUGUCGCCUUCUCCAUCAUGUGUUCAGAGAAAAGCUCUGCACAUCAACAUCUCAAUGA